AUGCUAUUGAUCUACAACAGCAGCAGCAACAACAACAACAACAACAGACAACAACACAACGGCAGCAGCAGCAGCAGCAACAACGACAACAACGACGACCACAACGACGACCACAACGUCGAUCACGACGACGACCACGACGACGACCAUGACGACGACCACGACGACGACCACGACGACGGCGACGACCACGACGACGACCACGACAACGACAACGACGACCACGACAACAACAACACCGACAGCACCAGCAGCAGCAGCUACAGCAGUAGCAGCAACAGCAGUAGCAGCAACAGCGGCAGCAACAGCAACAACAAAGCAACAACAACAGCAACAACAACAACACGAGCAGUAGCAGCAGCAGCAGGAAGAACGACAGCAAUAGCAUGUACAACUGCAAUAGCAACAACGGUAACAACUAAAGCAGACUACUCUAAUCUAUGA